AGGCCGUGUACGGCGCAGACGCAGGGACAAGCGAAGUGUGUGUUGUGAGUAACCGUUCGUUGUUUGUUAUUCGAAAAGUGAUCUCUGCUAGCCUGGGAAGUGUUUGUUGAAUUUAUACAAGCAAGAUCUCUUACAAGUGCGGGAUUUUUUUUUUUUUUUUCCAUCGGGCAAGCCUCAGUAUUUGGAUAGCCGUUGCCAGCUUGUGAAGCACUUAACUACGACCGUGUUGUUUUUUUGCAACGAUGUUUGCGACCGCAUACGGCGGGUUUCUGUAGCCGAGCGCGCAGACGACGGGCCCCUCGUCCGGAGUUAGAUCGCUGGCCUUGGCCGGCACAGAUCGUGUUGCCGAUAAAUUUGAUUAUUAAGUGCCAGUCACCGAGAAAUGGUUACUGCGAGACGAGCUACGUGAUCAAAUCAACGAUUUGAAUGGUCGCUAGCCAUUUCUAACGGAGAGCGACCAACGAGAAGCCAAUGGACGUGUCGGGCGACCAGGGCCAGGGCCACCGGUGGCCCUAUGACGGGCCCCGUAUGGGUAGCGCCGGCAUCGACGGUUCCGGUAACCUGUUAGCACCCGACGAUGUGGACGUGUUUUUCCACUCCCUCGACAGCAACGGGAAUCCCGUCAACCCGGCCAGCUACUACGCCAGUCCGGCAGCGGCCCGCGCGGUUCACAGUUACAGGCCACCACACGCCCGUAUGCCCAGCAGCCAGAUGUGCAGGCCGCAUUUUCACACACCUCUCCACCCGUGGAUUUCCGAAGGUGCCAAGCCAAUGGUGCCUCAUCCUGCCCACGGUUCAGCCUGGUGCUCUCCUUUCUCAGCCGCUGGGAAACCCCCGCACCACCCGAGCGGGUCAUCGGGGCCGUUGGGGGUCCACGCACCGCCCCAUUCCGGUUCCUUACCACCCCAUUCUAGUCCUCACCUCUUCAGCUUCCCGCCAACGCCGCCGAAGGACGUGACGCCAGACACGGUGACGGGCAGCACCGGUGGACAUGGUACCGGCGGCGGGGGUAGCGGAAGCGGCGACUACGGUGGUUCAACGUCCGGACUGGUAACUUCAAGCAGUGGAGAAGACAUCAAGGUACACCACACGCCCAAUAUGAUCACCUCCCUCGGCUCGGCCCUCAGCAACUGUGGUUCGUCCAGCAGUGGAAAGCCGAGAGAAGGUAGUGCAGCCUUUUCCUCUGCUCUCGUACCCGUUAAUCACCACCAUCAGCCUUCCCACCACCAUCAGACAUCCCACCAUCACCAUCACCACCACCACCACAUGCCCACCUAUCCCCCAUACGCGACGGGUCCGCCUUCGGCAGGCGGCUCGACGGACUAUUCCGGAACGUCAUACCCGUUCCACAGUUCCUUGUAUGGUGCGGUGGCAGUCAAGUCAGCAUCUUCCAUGCAGAAUUCCAGUGGGAACUCCAGUGGGAAACCAAGGAACAAAGGCCGAUCCAGUGCCGAUGACAAGAAUCUGUGGUCUGGCUAUAGCAGAACUUUGACUAACAACGGGAUUGUACUGUGGAGUUCUGAUACCGAUACACACUAUUCUAACCCCUGUGAGGGACGAGAGUGUGUUAACUGCGGGGCCACCUCGACGCCAUUGUGGCGCAGGGACGGCACGGGACACUACCUUUGCAAUGCCUGCGGACUUUACCACAAAAUGAACGGCCAAAACAGGCCGCUCAUUAAACCUAAGAGGCGACUGUCUGCGGCGAGGAGAGCAGGGACGAGCUGUGCGAACUGCAAAACGACUACGACCACUCUCUGGAGACGGAACCAGAAUGGAGAACCCGUCUGCAACGCCUGUGGUCUUUACUACAAACUACACAACGUGAACCGACCUCUUACCAUGAAGAAGGAAGGCAUUCAAACACGAAACCGAAAACUCUCAUCAAAGAGCAAGAAAAAGAAAGGCUGCCUUGCCAUUCCUGAAUGUCUGAAACCUCUGGACAAGCCUUUUUCCAGCUUUGGGCCUGCCGGCCAACUUGGUUCGAUGUCUGUGACCAUGAAUCAUUAUAUGCACCAGAGCAAUAUGAACAUCUCAAUGGCAGGAUCUUUCGUCACAUCGCCUCCCAUGCACAUGAACAGCGCGCCGGGACUUUCUAGCCUGUCUUUGUCAUCCAGCGGUGCGCCACUGCCGCUGGGGACAGGAGGCUUGGGUCUAGCCACUUCCAACAGCAUGGUUGGAGCCAUGGCUUGACAUAGGGCUCCACCGCAACCAGGCCUCGGUUGCUGGGACGUGGGCCAUCAUCAUCAUCAUGAUAAGGGGGCCUCUGUGGCACUGGCAUCUUGCGCACAGCUCUGGACUCAAUUUCCGAACUCACUAUCUGGCGGUCCGGAAGGAUCGUCACCUCUUUGUUCCGGACUUUCGGAUUAUAAAGAGUGAACAAAUGAAUUGACACCAUCGAGCAAUGGCGUUUUGAUAGGAAGUGUAUCGUUGCCGGAGUAGGAAAGGAUCUGCUCCAGAAAGCAGAUUUCCUAAGAGCAAUGUGAUCCCAACAAAUGAAAGCCCAGACUUUGCACUUGAAAUAGAGAAUGAGAUGUUCAAAUAUAUAUAUAUAUAUAUAUAUAUAUAUAUAUAAAUUGGUUAUAUCACAAAUGGGAAGAGUCGUGUCAUGUAUGUCCCGAUUCAUUCAAUAAUUUUCCCAACCACGCACAUGUGCUCUAAAUCAUCGAUGUCACGCUGACAUAUGAAACAAAAUUAUAUCAACGUCCAUCUGAAUCAUCCGGCUCCGAACCUGCCUUAUCGAAACGUAAAUGGGGACUUAAUUGCUCUUUGUGUCUUCACAAAAUUUGACUGGCAAAAAUGGACUGAUCACGAAGCUUAAUUUUUUGCUGAGGACCGGAUCUGUCUUUCGACGAAAAAUAUGGUUGUAAAGUGUAGCAAUGGCUUCGGCCUGUCAGAAUUUGUUUUCGCAGAAAAGGUUUUUAUGUGAAAGAAAUAUGGUGUUUUCUACAGAUAUGUGAACUGCUUUAUCUCGAAAUUUUUUUUUCUCAGAUUUUACUUUUGUCAUCAAUUCCCCCCCUCCACAAUUUUCAGGAUCAAAAGUACCAUUGUAUUUCUUUCACUUUGUACUUCUCAGGUCGGGAAUAAUGUAAUUUUACAAUACAAUAAUCAAUUAAUAACAGAACCUGAUUGAUUUCGAUACUUCAUUCCCUCCUUCGAAUAUCGAAAUCAAUCAAAAUCGCUUGUGGCAUUUUGACCAAAUCUGAUGGCCGGCUUCACUCGGGACAUGGAAUUUUUGCAACUGGUUUUCGUGGAAAACUGAAACAAAUGGAACCUUUUGCAUUUAAAAAAUUGUACAUUGAGUGUACCUAUUGCAUUUCAAAAAAUCUUCAUUUUACAAAAUAUUAUAUUUAUUUCAGUAACAAAAACAAUGCCUUUUACGUCCACUUUAUUACUCUCGAUCAAUAUGCUGUGUUGUAAGGCAGGUAACCUUGCAAGGAGCAAUAAUAAACCAAAGUAUGGCAGAUUUUUUUUUUCUUACAUCCAAAAUUUGCAGUUUGAAUAUCCUAAAAACGAUUAUUUUAACGUAACUAUGAAAUAUUAUUGAAAGACACAUUCUUAAAAGCGAAUUUUAAAUUAAUUGCACAUGAAAAAUAUAAAAAUACAGUAUUAAUUUUCCCUUGCAUAAAAUAAACGAUUUCUUGUAAUAAUAAUGUAUUUUAACAAUUUCACAAUGUAUUUUAAAAAUUGCUUUUAAUCCCUGUUUUAUUGUCGAAGAAAAUUUAGAUUUGUUUAGUCUGCUGUAUUUUAUUUAAUCUUCUUCAUUGAGGAAUAUUUAAUGUAAACAUCAAAUAUGCUUCUACAUCUAUUAUAAAAUUCAGAAACCAAUUAAGGUAGAAAAAUAUAAAUUUCGGAAAAAAAUAUUAUUCCUUAUGAACCGAAAGAUGCUUUAUGUGUUUUAGUUUAGAAAAAGAAAAUUAUAUGUAAAAUUAUGCUAAGCGAAAUAAGCGUUAUAAAUUCUGUUUGACAUUUGCCGUUGUUUAACUUACAUAAAAAGAAGGGUAAUAUAUAUGUGAAAUAUUUUAAGUGCAACUUUAGAUGCAAAAUUCUUUAAUCUUUUUGUUAAAAUGCUAAUUUUAUAUUCAUAAAUAAAUAACGCAUUAUUUGAAUUUUAGCUUAACAGCAGCAGAUUUUGUAUUUUCAAAACCAACUGCAAAACUAAAAAUAACUUGUAAAAUUUAAAUUAAU